AUGAAGCUGGGACUCACCUUGGUGUUGCUCUCUCUGCUGGCAGGCCACUGUGGGGCCAACACCCGCGCCGUGGGAGCCCGGGAAUGCCAGCUCCAUUCUCAGCCUUGGCAGGCGGGCCUUUUCUACUUCACGCGGCAGCUCUGCGGAGCCACGCUCAUCAGUGACCGAUGGCUGCUCACAGCUGCCCACUGCCGCAAGCCGUACCUGUGGGUCCGGCUUGGGGAACAUCACCUGUGGCAGUGGGAGGGCUCUGAGAAGCUGCUUCUGGCCAGAGACUUCUUCCCCCAUCCCGGGUUCAAUUCGGAUCUCUCUGCCAAUGACCACAAUGAUGACAUCAUGCUGAUCCGGCUACCCAGGAAGGUCCAGAUGAGUGCAGCUGUGCAGCCCCUCAACCUCAGCCGGAGCCUGCCGACCGUGGGCUCCCAGUGCCUUAUCUCUGGCUGGGGCAGCGUGUCCAGCUCCAAACUACAGUACCCAAUGACACUGCAGUGCGCCAACAUCAGCAUCCUGGACAACAAGCUCUGUCACUGGGCGUACCCAGGCCACAUCUCUGAGAAGAUGCUGUGUGCUGGCCUGUGGGAGGGCGGCCGAGGCUCCUGCCAGGGUGACUCUGGGGGACCCUUGGUGUGCAACGGAACCCUGGCAGGUAUAGUGUCUGGGGGAGCUGAGCCUUGUUCCAGACCCCAGAGACCCGCUGUCUACACAAGCGUAUUCCACUACCGGGACUGGGUUCAAAAAACCAUUGAAGAAAACUGAGUCCAUGUUAAGGACAGACUGGAGAGGAAGAUGGAUAAAGGACGGGAAGAUACUGUAGGGCUCCACAGCUCCAGCUUCUCUGCCCUAGACCUCCAACCUUCAUGUCACAGCACAUGACCAUGAAACUCUGCCGCCUCAGGCUCUGCCCCUCUGACGCCACUCCUUAGGCUCCGCCCCAAGACUCCACCCCCUUAGGUCAUCUGACCUCUUGGGUUCUGCUCCCAGGCAAAGCAAUUAUAAGACCACGCCCCCUCAGAACCCAACAGAG